UCUGUCAGUUCAGUGAGAAGAGGAGCAGGAGGUGGAGAAGGUGGAGGAAGCAGAAGCAGAACUGAAGCAGAACUGAAGCAGAAGUGCGUUUUAUUCCACAGAUGAUGAUCCGUGGGUGCGGGGAAGAGCUCCAGGUGGAUGGAGGAGAUGUUUAACGGAGGAUUUCUCUCUCAGCCAGGCUCAGAGUUCGGGAUAAAGGCUGUGGGAGAGUUCGCGCUUUCAUCUGGAACUAAAUAAUAAUAAUAAUAAUAAUAAUAAUAAUAAUAAUAAUAACGACUCGUAAUCACACGUACAACACGGAGUGUCUUUAAUCCGAUAUAAACCACUUUAACUGGGCUGCGCGAGAGCUCAUCCACCAUGGUGCAGCAGUAUCAAUCCCCUGUUCGUGUGUAUAAACACCCCUUCGAACUGGUCAUGGCGGCGUACGAGAGGAGGUUCCCCACGUGUCAUCUCAUCCCCAUGUUCGUGGCCAGCGACGUCCUCAGCGAGGAGACGAGCGAAGAUAACUCCGCACACAAAGUCGAGAGGAGGUGCAAGCUGGACAUCGACGCCCCUCGACUCCUGAAAAGGAUCGCAGGCGUCGACUACGUUUACUUCAUCCAGAAGAACACGCUGAACCGCCGAGAGAGGACGCUGCACAUCGAGUCGCACAACGAGACCUUCUCAAACCGCGUCAUCAUCCAUGAGCUCUGCUGCUACUCAGUUCACCCUGAGAACGACGACUGGACAUGUUUCGAGCAGUCUGCCAGCCUAGACAUCAAAUCCUUCUUCGGUUUCGAGAGCACUGUGGAGAAAAUCGCCAUGAAGCAGUACGCCAACAGCAUCAAGAAGGGUAAAGAGAUCAUCGAGUACUACCUGAGAGAGCUGGAGGAGGAUGGCAUUACCCACGUGCCCCGCUGGAGCCCCAGCACCUCCCUCAUUCAGCCCGUUGUCGCGGUCGCACCCCCGGCUCCUCCCUCCACGGCCCCCAUCGCCAUCGCCGCCUCCGCAGAGUCGGGCAAAGACGCGGCGGCGUGUAAAGAAAGCAGCAGUCCAGUGGGCAGCGCCAACGAGCCGCUCGCCGCCACGCCCGAUGAUAAACUGGAUGCUGACUACAUUAACCGUUACCUGGGUGACCUCACACCUCUACAGGAAAGCUGCCUCAUACGCCUCCGCAGCUGGCUGCAGGAAACACACAAGGGCAAAAUCCCAAAAGACCAGCACAUCCUGCGCUUCCUGCGAGCGAGAGACUUCAACAUGGACAAAGCACGAGAGAUCCUGUGUCAGUCUCUCACCUGGAGGAAGCAGCACCAGGUGGAUUACCUGCUGGACACCUGGAGCUCACCACAGGUCCUCCACGAUUACUACACCGGGGGAUGGCACCAUCACGACCGUGAUGGCCGUCCUCUCUAUAUCCUGCGUCUGGGACAGAUGGACACUAAAGGACUGGUUCGAGCUCUAGGGGAGGAGUCACUGCUCAGACAUGUUUUGUCUAUAAAUGAGGAGGGAUUGAGGAGGUGUGAAGAGAACACUAAGGUGUUUGGACGCCCAAUCAGUUGUUGGACAUGUCUGGUGGAUCUGGAGGGUUUGAACAUGAGGCAUCUGUGGCGUCCAGGCGUUAAAGCUCUCCUGCGCAUCAUUGAAGUGGUGGAAGCAAAUUACCCAGAAACCCUUGGGCGCCUCCUCAUCCUGCGUGCGCCCCGGGUCUUCCCUGUGCUCUGGACUCUGGUGAGUCCGUUCAUCGACGAGAACACGCGUAAGAAGUUCCUGAUCUACGCUGGGAAUGACUACCAGGGUCCUGGUGGUCUGGUGGAUUACAUCGAUAAGGAGGUCAUCCCCGACUUCCUGGGUGGAGAGUGUAUGUGUGAGGUUCCUGAGGGUGGCCUGGUUCCCAAAUCCCUCUACAGAACCCCAGAGGAACUGGAGAACGACGACAUCAAGCUGUGGACGGAAACCAUCUACCAGAGCGCCAGCGUGUUUAAGGGAGCGCCGCACGAGCUGCUGAUCGAGAUCAUCGACGCCUCCUCUGUAAUCACCUGGGACUUCGACGUGUGUAAAGGAGACGUGGUGUUUAACAUCUAUCACUCCAAACGGGCUCCUCAGCCGGCCAGGAAAGAGGCGCUGGCGUCGCACGGCAUCACGUCACCCGGGGGCAAUAACGUGCAGCUCAUUGACAAGUCGUGGCAGUUGGGGCAGGACUACAGCAUGGUGGAGUCUCCACUCACCUGUAAAGAGGGAGAGAGCGUGCAGGGUUCUCAUGUGACACGCUGGCCAGGGUUCUACAUCCUCCAGUGGAGGUUCCACUCUAUGCCCGCAUGCGCAGCCACCAACCUGCCGCGUGUGGACGACGUGUUAGCCACGCUGCAGGUUUCCUCUCACAAGUGUAAAGUCAUGUACUACACCGAGGUCCUGGGCUCCGAGGACUUCAGAACGGCUUGCUACGAUGUGCAGAGUUUGGGUUCGAUGACGAGCCUGGAGUCGAGUCACAGCGGAUUCUCUCAGCUCAGCGCCGCCACCACGUCCUCCAGCCAAUCACAGUCCAGCUCCAUGAUCUCCAGGUAGAGCCAGGAGACACGAGAUGGAUGACGGGGCGGAGCGCGAGACCGAGUAAAAGGAGAAAUAACAUAUUUGAUAUCAGCGCCGUGGCGUUAAAGGGCUUUGAUCUGCGUUGCCAUGGUGCUCGGCUGAGCUGCUGGUCAGUUCGCUGGGUACUUCCUGUUUCCUCUUGAACCGAGUUAAUACAAGGAUCUCAAAAAAAAAAAAAUACAACAGGAUGAGCUGUUACACACACACACACACACACACACGCAUUAAUACACACACACACAAAGGGCACAGUAAUACUGUAUACAUAUGUGUUUUUGUUUUUUUUUUCUUUUUGCCAUAUCGCUGGUGGUUUCAGCGUUUAUAGGUCAAAGGUCAGGGUUGUAAGUGUGGCGACGUGGCCACAUAAAGCAAUAAACAUUUCUAUUUGUAUUUAUCAUGAGUGUGUAACGCGGUUUGCCGGUGUUUAAGGUGCUCUGUGCUUCAUUAGAUAUUAGUUUUCCGCCUGCUUGUGAAAGUAAUCCUAAAAAUCUCUUCCCGAUGCCUUCGUCCAGUCGCAAACUCUCGCAAACGAUUCGUUUCCUAUGCAUCCGAAAGCCUGGGGGGGGGAGCGAGGGCUACUUUUUAUGUUUUUAGGUCAAAAUGAAAUAAAUAGGGUUGCUGUGGGUUUGUAACGGACGCCUUUUAUGGGAUCUGAACCCUAACUGCAUGUUAGCGUUAGACUUAACCAGGCUAAAGUUAGCGAUGAAACAGAUCUUGUAGUGAAAAAAAAAAAGGAAUAAUUUACACGAUUAAUCAGAUUUUACAGCAUGAAAAGUGUCGACGCCAAAAUCAGAGUAGUGCAGAAAAAACUUUAAUAAAAAACGUAGACGACGUCAAACGAAGCCGUGAAUUAAUCCGUUUUCCUUUUUUUUUUUUUUUAUACAGUGUAUACAAACUAUUUAAGGAUGACGAAUGAAAAAGGCAGAAGAUUGAGUUUGUUUUCUCCUCAUCAGUAACAGGACAUUAACCUUCGUCUGUUGUGCACGUCCUCGUGCCGGCUCGUGAACUCCGACACUUUCACCGGGCAUUAAAGUCAUUUUAACCUCAUCGAAGCUCCUUUUUUUAACAAUUAGGUCACGAUAUAUUCUGAAUGACGGCUUUUUUCCGGUCAGUUUGUUUCUGUACUUUGUGUUUGAGGACAUCAGAGUCGUAAAUGUUUUUACCGUAUGUUCAGGUCAGGGUGUGAGCUGCACUGCUGGAUGAUGAUGAUGAUGAUGAUGAUAUUCAACUGCUCUCCAUUACAGUAACGAGUGCGUGUCGGUCAGUUAGCGUUUACUUUACUCGGCCAGAACACACCUGUGCAGGUGAGCGAUGAGGUCACGAGCGGAGCCCCAGGUCAUAACCACUUCACAACCGAAGACCUGAACGUUCUCUAAUAGAUGCGUAUCCGUGGUGACGCUCGGUCGAACACGUGACGGUCCGUCUCCAUCGUCCGGGCCGUGACCGUGGGAGAACAUUUCAGGAAGUUUAAUUUUUUUGGUGGCUGUGUUUAGGGGUUUGUUAGAACAGCUGAGGGUGAAUGUGAAGGUCUCAUGAUGCGGUCUGUAGAACUAUCAUGGAUUUGUUACAAAACACAACUGGAAAAGAAAUGCACGUGCUUGAGAGAGGGGGGGGGGUAUAUACUGCUCGCUCAACCGUUUAUCCAGUACUGUCAUGCUGUGGUGCUUUAGAUGAUAACGUGAGUGAUGACCUCAGUGACAGCAGCGAGGUUUAUCCUCAUCACGUGUUCUGUAUGUGGUCCAGAACGCUCGCUCACGUGCCACGAGCUUUAGACUCGAAAGAGAAAAUUUGUGAUGCAUGUUGUGGACAUUUUGUUUGUUGUUUGUGUGUUUUUUUUUGUAUAUUUCCCCUCCAUAUUACACAGAAACGGAGAAGCGGAGCGACGGUCAUGUGACGAUUAAACACGUGUGUGUGUGGGGGGGGGGGUGAUACUGAGGGUGAGAAGGAUGUUUUCGAGGAGGUUCCAGGUAGUGAAAUAUAAAUCAGUUUAUUUUACAAUCGACGUGUCGUAAACACACACGAACACGCGAGCACACGGAGUGUUUUGUCCGGUUUGGUUUUAAUCUUUGGUGCGAAUCAAAUCAAAAUACAGAAUGUUUACCAAGAAGGAGACGCUCUUGUAAAUAUCUCUCUCACACACACACACACACACACACACACACACACACACACCGUAAGACGAGAGCUCGCAACACGUGACGGUCUUUAAUCUCGUCAACCAGGAAACGGAGUCCGACCUGAGCUCCAAACAUGAAUGUGUAAAGGGGGUCCUUUUAUUUCUCCCUUUGGAGUGAGGGGUGGUUGUAAGAAGGGGAUAUGUGUGUGUGUGGGGGGGGGGGGGGGUUGUGUUCUUCUUCUCAUCUGUUACUCCUGAAGCAGUCCAACAGUUUACAGCAACACAACCAACCGGACAUUCAUCACCUUUUUAAGGUCAAGAUGCCGAGACCCAGAACGUUCUGCCUGGGUUUCUGCACGUUGUUCUCGUUAUUUAAAAUGUACGUUAGUGAUAUUUGUGUAUAGCGUCGUGUAUCGUGUGUAACCCGGAAGAGGGUUUAUAUGGUUUUAUAGCAACACGUCAUCAGCAUCAGCGCUCAGUUUUUAUUGCCCGUUCAUGGCAGCUUUCACACUCCGCCUCGUGUUACCAUAGCGACCGUCUCUUCCCAGCGCGCGCACGUCGUCGCGUCGAGUAAAAAGUGAAAUGUUUUCAGUUCCAUUUCUUUCCCACCGAACGGAUUCAAUUUAACGCCGUCACAAACUCGUCGUCCGAUCGGUCAAGAACGGAGGAAGACUUUUUUUGUUUUGGGCUGAAAGUGUGAAAGCAGCCUGCGGCAUGUUACACGUCACAAGUGAAAUAAUUCUCUUAUGUAAAAAAUGAAUAAUAAAGAAUGAUAGAAUACAUUAGUGAUUAGUUUACUAACACAGAGAAGCGGGGAGGGGAGGGGAGGGGGGGAGAGAGAGAGACAGUUCCUCAAAACUUCCUGAAACCAACUCAAUUCUCCAUCCAACGUUUGUCUCCUGUUUUAUCUAAAGCCCCCCCCCCCAUCUGUGUCUCUGCUCUCUCUCUCUCUCUCUCUCUCUCUCUCUCUCUCUCACAUGAAGCCCUGUGGCUGUAUGAGGUCUAUGUACAUAACAGAAAUGUACAACUAUUAUAUAAAUAUAAACUGUACGUCUUUUAUGUUGUUUUCUUCAUGAAUAUUCAUCUCUCCGUCCUCACGCGCCGAAGUCUUCGUCCAUGAACACUGCAUAUCUUUCACUCUGAGAAAACGAUGAUUGUGUAAAGAAUGAAACAAAAAAAAUCAUUUUGGAGAUUAAUAUAUGACCGAAUGAGAGCGAGGCUUUACAUUUGUCUUUCUUUGGAGGAAAUAAUUAAACUUGAAUUAAAGAGA